AUGGGUUCCCAGCUGAAAUUCCGUGACGUCACAACAUGGCUGCUCCUCCUGCUAAGCGUGCUAGCUGUCUUCGAAUACACAGCCACGGCAGACAGACCAGGAAAUCAGGUGAUUUUCUCAUCAAACAACAUGUCUACAGAACGAACAGGAAUCAACACACUACUGGAAAGUCCGUCCGUUCCGAUCACCAGAAUGCAGCUACAGAGUAAUGGUCGUGAAUCACAUCUACCCGAUCUUGUGGAAUUUCUCGUCACUUCGUCAGGAAGCCGACAAGUGUACAUUCUCUACGAUUCGCUUAUUGAUAGCUUAACGACCACUCUGAAGAAGGUAUCUGACAGGGCCUCAUACAGCACAUACAAAUACAACGGUUCGCUUCGUCUUCUGAAAUCCGAUCUGUGGUCCUUAAAACAUCGGGAAUAUUUGCGUAAUGUCAUUGUCAUGUGCCAGUCAGCCAGGACUCUUAAUAUCUUCAAACAGGUGACGGAACUGAAGAUGGAAACGCCAUCUAUCUUUUGGAUUGUCGUUCUAGAGCGUGACGUCACUCAGAAUCUUCUAGAAAUCGCCCGAGAAGGAUUACAAAUCGCUGUUGCUCUGAAGACCAAUGAUGUCAAAUACAAGCUCAUGACUUCUUACAUCAGCAAACACGACAAUCUUGCAUUACGCAUGGCGGGAAAUUGGUGGUGGACCCCGUUACAAGGACCUCGCCACUUCCUGAAGGCGCCCCUCUACCUCAGCCCCAAGGACGCCUACAGGGACUUCGGCGGGAGAAAGCUGAGGUCCUCGGUCGUCAACAACUGGCCUUUCUUCGAGGUGACGAAGGACGAGGUGUCGGGAGCCGUUCGUCCUAAGUCGGGCAUUGACUACCACGUGUUGGGAACGAUGGCCGAAAAGCUUAAUUUUACUUACGAACUCCUAUUGGCUGAAGAUGGGCAGUGGGGGGGAGUCCUGCCCAAUGGCACUGUCACCGGAAUGGUUGGCAUGGUGGCACGCCGGGAGGUCCACUUCGCUAUUAACGAAAUCACCAUAACAGGUCCCCGAGAGGUCGUUGUGGAUUUCACCCACCCUUAUUUCCUCGAAUCCUCCACCCUGAUAUCCCCAGCUCCUGCCGAGAAGAACAGGGCCUUUGCUGUGUUCUCCCCGUUUACGUCAAAGGUUUGGUUCAUGAUAACUGCGGCGACUUUGGCUGUGGGUCCUGUUCUGUGGAUAGUCUGCCGAAUACACAAUAAGUUCACGGGAUUCAGGAUCCGAUAUUCUCAGUCCCUGUCUACGUGUACCUUCAACAUGUUCCGAUCCCUUGUGGUGCAGGGGAAUAGGGUCGAACACUCUCAGUGGUCUCCGCGGUUCAUUCUGUUCUCGUGGUUCUUCUUUUGUUAUGUCGUUUAUGCCCUCUACGCAGGAACGCUCACGGCCAUGCUAGCGAGCCCGUCCUACGAGAAGCCCAUUGACUCUUUGUGGGAUUUGCUGGAAGCCAUAAAGCACGAGGGAUACAUGCUGAAUGUCGUUUUCCAGUCAGCGAAUGAGUUCGUGUUUAAGGAGGCCACCGAAGGAAUCUACAAGGAGCUAUGGGAUGUGUUUGAUCCAUCGGUCGGUUUUGUGCACAGCUGGACGGAAGGGAUAGAGAAGGUCCUGACGGGCAAGUACUCCUACAUGAACGCCCAACUCGGCGCCGAGAUCCGCGCCCUUCGCCUCGGCCGCUCGCGCUUCCACUUCGCCAGGAACAGCUUCUAUCCCCAGCGCUACGGAAUGGCGUUGACGAGCGGCGCCCCUUUCAAGGAGGCGUUUGAUCGCGCUGCUUUUUUCCUCCUGGUCCUCGGUUUUGUGGUUUCUGGCGUCGUGCUGGUCGGCGAGAGGCUGGCGGCGGCCAUGUGGUCUCGGCAGCGGGGGGAGAGCGGGGAAGAGAACGCGAGCUCUUCUGUUUUCGAGAAGCAAGUUGAGUGA